AUGGCAUCAAAUAACACACAAACUAAGUGCAAAAGUAACAUACCGACUACGCACGACACUAUCGAAACUGUUCUUAACGACACAGAUACACGCCUUCUCACACAGACCACCACCACCAGCAAAGAAGGCUACAAGCAAUCACUUAAGUGA